UAAGCAGAGCUGAGCAGAAGCAGUCAUGGAGUUGAGAGCUGAACUGCUGAAGUCCAUCUGGUAUGCCUUCACCUCUCUGGACGUGGAGAAGAGUGGGAAGGUGUCCAAGUCCCAGCUAAAGGUUUUGUCUCAUAACCUGUACACUGCGCUGAACAUCCCCCACAACCCUGUGGCUCUAGAGGACCACUUCAGAGAUGAUGAUGAUGGGCCGGUGUCCAACCAGGGGUACAUGCCCUACCUCAACAAAUUUAUACUGGACAAGGUGGUUGAGGGCACGUUUGAUAAGGAGAAUGUAGAUGAGUUCUGCUGGACUCUCUGUGCCAAAAAGAACUACCAGCCUAAAAAUGGCGUGAGUGUUCUGCCUGAUAAAGACGCUUUCCAUCUCUGGUGCCUCUUCAACUUCUUGUCUGAAGACAAGUAUCCACUGAUCCUGGCCCCUGAGGAGGUGGAAUACCUCCUGAAGAAGAUCUGCUUAGCCAUGAGUGUGGAGCUUAGCUGUGUGGACAUUGAGGAUUUCAUAUCCCAGGAGGCUGUGCAGCAGAGCGGCAUCACAGUGUGGGCCUUCCUGGACUUUGUCAACACCGGGAGGCUGACCAGAGGUGUGGAGAAGGACUCUGUCACCAUGGCGAUAGACAAGGUCUACCAGGAGAUAGUGGGCAAUAUCAUAAAAGAGGGGUAUCUGUGGAAGAAGGGCCACUUGCGUAGGAACUGGAACGAGCGCUGGUUCUCUCUCCGGCCCAGUACUCUGCAUUACUACGUCAGUGAAGACCACAAGGAGUGUAAAGGCUGUAUCGAGCUGGACCACAACUGCUUUGUGGAGGUGCUACCAGAGAAGGAGGGAAAGAGGUGUAUGUUCUGUGUGAAGACGCUCACUAAGACCUACGAGAUGAGCGCCUCCGACACCAAGCAGAGACAGGAGUGGACCACAGCGAUCCAGACAGCGAUCCGUCUGUGUGUAGAGGGGAAGAACUCCCUGCAUAAGGACCUGAAGCUGCGACGCAGAGAGCACAGGGAGGAGAAGGAGAGGAGGCGCACCGCCAAGGAGGAGGAGCUACAACGUCUGUGCCUCCUCCAGGGGGAGAGGGAGAGCAAGCUGGCUGAGCUGGAGCUCCUACAGGAGGCGCAGAGGCACUCCCAGGCAGCUCUGCUGCAGGAGGAGCAGAAGAGGAGACAGAAACAUGAGGAGCUGCAGAGAACCCUGCAGGAGCAGCUACAGCAGGCUGAGGAGGUGCGAUACAACAUGCAGGCGGAGAUGGCCCUGAAGGAGGCGGAGACAGACCGCCAGCGGAAGAGGAUCAGGGAGCUGGAGGAGACGCAGCUCCGCCUGGAGGAGGCCCUGCACCAGGAGAUCAGAGCUAGACAGAACGAGGAGGCCUACCGCCUCGCACAGGCCAGGCUGCUGGUGGAUGAGGAGGAGAAGAUGAAGGUCCUGCUGGCCCUCCAAGAGGAACAGGAGCAGUACAUCCUGAAGACCCAGAGAGAGAAGCAGGAGCUCAGGCAGGAGAUGGUAACCAAGUCCCAGGCUUUGGAGGAGGCCCAACACCAGCUGGAGAAGGUUCGGGCCAGCCGGCACAGAAUGGACCAGGACAUUGCAACUGCUCAGAGGAAGCUGCGGCAGGCCAGCACCAGUGUCAAACACUGGAACGUCCAGAUGAACAGACUGAUGCAUCCUAUUGGACCGGGAGAGAGAAGACUCUCACUUGGAUGCUCAGCGGUUCCGGUUGUGAGUGUGCCCUCCCUACAUGACCCAAGCCUAUGCCUGUACCAUCAGAGGAGCGAGAUAGAGAGGGAGAAGGAGAGAGAGAGAGAGAAUGAGCAGGAGAACAUAGAGGAGAAGGAGCGUGAGGAGAGAGUGAGCAUCAUAGGGAGAGAGGAGAGGCGUCUGUCUCAAGCCUCCAAUGGGGACAUGGACUGUGCCUGAGGCCCAACACCCCAAAGCUAAUGUUAAUGUAAAUACAUACCACUGGGACUGUACUAUCAGAUCAUUUGAUAUCACCUUUUGUGUACUUAGAGGAUGUAUUUUUAUGUGAGUGUUUUCAACUUUCUUUUCUGUCUCUCCUUGUCCUUACUUUGUCAAUUACUAUGACAGCAGUAAUAUUAGCAAAAUAAUGCAAAUAUUCUUGGUGCUUUCAUGGCAGGAAAGUCUUCAAAUUUGAAUCAUGAAUUUGUUUAUUCUGUAACCUCUUUUUAAUUGUAAUUGAAAAUGAAUGCUCUGUAACAAAAACAUAGCAGUUGUCAAUCAUUUGAUAUGUUUGAUGUUUGUAAUGAAACAACCUGAGUCUAAAUAAAUCCACUGGACAACUUG